UUGACCUCCUCGACUUACUCACUCUCACAUCUCAUCUCGGAUCCCCCAAACAUCCUCAGCUUACUCACUCUUACUCACCCAUCAGACCUCCUCGAUAUACUCUCAUCCCUUGCUCAUCUCUCAGGCCUCCUCGACUUACUCACUCUCACAUCUCAUCUCGGAUCCCCCAAACAUCCUCAACCCAACUCAUUACCAACUCAGAUCUCCCCAAACUCUCUCAACCCAACUCAUUACCAGAUAAUUAAACAAAUUUAA